CAGAGCAGGGGUGGGGGCCCAGAGCAGGGGUGGGGGCCCGGCUGCCGGCAGCAGGGCAGCCCCUGGCUCUGCUCCCGGUGGCCCCGGGCUGUGCUGGAGGCCCUCUGGUGGCCCCAGAGCUCAGCCGUGGACCCAGAUCCGGCCCCGCUGAGCUCCGGGCAGGCGAGGCAGAGCAAUAGAGGUAUUUUUGUACUCGUGGCUGUGCUCCCCGUUCUUCUCCGAGCUCGGGGUCACCCCCUGCACCUGCACCCCCGGUGUGACCUUGGGGACGGCCCCGGAGCUGCCCCAGGGGAGGUGACACAGCGCUGGCACCAGGAGGGGACAGGUCAGGAAAUGACUGAGGGCUGAGGGAGAAGCCAAACCCGGCCCUUGUUGCACCAAACGCCGCUCCCGUGCCAGCUGGCACCACCCGGGGCACAGCAGGGGCCGCUCCCUGCUCCAGGAGGGAUCCCAGGAUCACCCCGGGUCCUCGGGAGCUCUUUGGGGUGGGGUCUCACCUGCCCAGGUGGGGGGCACAGCGUGUGAGCCUCUCCUGGAGGGGACACCCUGUCGUGGGGCUGUGGCUGCUCCCAAAGCACCGGGGUCGUGCCCCAGGUGAGCCCGGGGCUGCCCCCAGGAGCCCCCAGGAGCUGCCCCUGCCUGGAACUGCCCCAGGCCGGGCCAGAGGGACCUGGACCACCAGGAGCAGCCAGUGCUGGCCGCCCCUGGGCUGGCGAGGGGGUGGAGAAGUGUCUGGAGCAAAUCCUGCGGGCUUUGGGGCCAGGUUUCCCGGGAAAACCUGCCGGGGAGUGAGGAAGAGGAGGCAGAGCCUGGGGGUGCCCGUGGGUCCCUCCCAGCGCUGCUGGGGCUCCGUCAUCUCCCCGAGAAUGCCCCGCUCAGCUCCAGGCUGGGAACAUUUUCCAUCGGGGUUGGCUGGGCUGAUCCCGGGUGGGGAAGGGGCUGUGACCCCCCCAGGCCCGGUCUGAGCCCCCCAGGGCCGGGGAGGGUCCCUGGAGCAGCUCUGGGCUCACCCUGGGAGUGGGAGCGGGCAGGGAUGACCCCAAACCUCCCCCCGGGGCUGUGCCACAAUUUUGGGCUUUCCUGGAGGACCCGGAGGCUCCAACGAGGCCGAUCCGGAGGGGAGGGGGGUCACAACCUCCAGGGCUGAGCUGGGAGAGCUCAUCCCCCCCAAUUAACGCUGCUCCCAGUUCACACCAGUCCCCCGGAGCACGAGCCCCAGUCAGGGACCCGGCUGUGCCCCCGGUGCCCGGUUCUGGGGGGGUGGGCAAAGCCCCCCCGGGACCCUCCCCCCGCAGCCUCGGCCGCCCCCGGGGGUUGUGGAGCAAGCCCGGGAUUCUGGAUUUACCGGCCCUCCUCCCACUGCGGGCAGCCUGUAAUUAGCCGUGCGCUUAAUGAGUUUUGGGGAAGUUGGGGUGCAGCCCGCCCGUGGAGCCCUCGCUGCCAUCACGCCCCUCCCUCCCCCCCCCGCGGGACCCACAAAUAGCCGGGAGCUCCGGGGCGCUCCGGCACUCCCGACCCGGUCCCGGCACUCCCGGAGCGCCUCCCGAGGGACCAUGGAGCGCUGGAUGCUCCUGCUGGGGGCAGGGAUCGCCCUGGGCUGCGCGUCCGGCCAUCUGUACACGGCCCCCGACUCGUGCGAGGGACGCUGCGGGGAGCCCUUCCGUGAGGAGGACGAGUGUCACUGUCACCCCGAGUGCGAGGCAGAGCACAACUGCUGCGAGGACCGCGAGAGGCACUGCGGGCCCGGUGGGGAAGGCGCCGAGGGCGGAGCUCGAGCCCGCGAGGGAUUCUCCAGCAGCAGCGGUUCCAUCUCGGAGCAGGAGCUGCUGCAGCUCUCGGAGCAGCUCUACGGGCUGGAUCACAACAAAGCCCGGCCCAGCGACAUCGCCCUCAACCCGCAGCACCUGGCGGGCCCCGACGAGACCGGCGACAAGCAGGACCGGUCCCCGCAGCCGCUCUACAAGUACGUGAACGAGGAGCUCUUCGCCAAGCCCACCUACGCCAGCUUCAUUAAGCUGCUGGAUAAUUACCAGAGGGCCACGGGCAGGGAGGAGGAGGUGACGGCCGAGGAGCUGCGCGAGCAGGAGCGUUUCCUCGAGGAGGUGAUGAACACGGAGCUCAUGAGGAAACUCUUUGUGUUCCUGCGGGGAAAAAGUCGCUACGGCUCCGAGCAGGAGUUCCUGCAGGAUCUCAACCAGAUGUGGUUCGGCCUCUACUCCCGAGGGGACGGGGAGCGCGAUUCCAGCGGCUUCGAGCACGUGUUCUCAGGGGAGGUGAAAAAGGGAAAAGUGUCCGGAUUUCACAACUGGAUCCGCUUCUACCUGCUGGAGAAGCAGGGGGUCGUCAACUACUUCAGCCACAACUUCAACGGGCCGUGGGACACGUACCCCGACGUGCUGGGGCUCCAGUUCAGCUGGGACGGCUUCUACAAGGAGGUGGGCUCGGCCUUCAUCGGCUGCAGCCCCGAGUUCGAGUUCGGCCUCUACACCCUCUGCUUCCUCGCGCGGCCCGGCCGGGCGUGCCACCUGAGCCUGGGCGGGCACCGCCUCAGCGUGCAGACCUACCCCUGGACCAAGGCCACCUACGGCGGCGGCAGGAGGUUCAUCGCCACCGCCUACGUGAUGUCACCCUGAGGGUGAUGUCACCCUGAGGGGGGCUCGGCUGGGGGGCGAGCCCCGGGGCCGCCCCGCGCUGCUCGGGGCCGCGGGACGGGAGCGGCCGCGCCCGGGCCCGGCCCGGGAGGGGCCCGGGAGGGGCGGCGGGGGCCGAACCCUGCGCGGAGGGGACGAGGGGACACCCCCAGACCCCGCCGCGUGUGGCGGGCCCGGGCUCGGCAGAAGAGCGGCGGCGAGGGAAGGAUUUGGCACGGAGAGGAGGAUCCUGAGCGGAAUAAACACUGCCCUGGCUGGAGGA